CUGCCAUGGACGCGAUAAGAAAUCCACCGCGCCGGACCUGGGCCCUACUUAAUUCUUGGGAAACAGCCUGGAGCGUCUUAGUUGCCCAACGGCUGGGCUCCAGUACGGUUGUAUAUCAUAGUUGGUGAUUCCGGUCCGAGUCGCGUGCGAUCUGAAGAUGACUUUUUCAACCGUCGACAUCACAGAGGAGAAGGAUGGCGGCAAGUCCAGGGAUAAGAAGUGGCCUUGGUUCGGAGCACCCAUUUACGCGGCUGCCGCUUUUGCUCUGUUCUAUGCCACAGUACUGCCCAGUUUUCACAGCUACCCAAAGAUGCUGUACCAGAGUGAGGAGGAACUGCAUCCGGAUAAGUUUAUCGGCGAGCGGGCGAUGCGCCAGUUGGCCGAGUACUCGGCAAUCGGCAACAAGAUGAGUGGCUCCAUCAACAACGAAGUGCAUACGGUAAAUUUCCUGCUGCGAGAGAUUCAGAAGAUCAAGGACGAGGCCCGAUUGGAUCUCUACGACAUUGAAGUGGAUACGCAGUACUCUUCGGGUGCCUUCCAUUUGUGGGGCAUGACCAUUUCCUACACCAAUCUCUCUAAUGUGGUAGUGAAAAUAUCCCAGAAGAGUUCAGACAACGAGAACUAUCUGCUGGUCAACUCCCACUACGAUUCGGAGGUCCAAACGCCGGCUGCUGGAGAUGAUGGCGUCAUGGUGGUUGUCAUGCUGGAAACCCUGCGCGUGAUCUCACGCUCCGAAAAAGCGCUAACCCAUCCCGUGGUUUUCCUAUUUAAUGGAGCCGAGGAGGCUUGUAUGCUGGGUUCCCACGGAUUUAUCACACAACACAAGUGGUCCAGGAAUUGCAAAGCCUUGGUGAACCUGGACUCGACUGGAGCUGGUGGCCGCGAGGUGCUCUUCCAAACGGGUCCCAAUCACCCGUGGUUGGCCAAAUACUAUCAAGCAAGUGUGCCGCAUCCGUAUGCUCAGACCCUAGCCGAAGAGCUGUUCCAGCAUAACUUUAUUCCCUCGGACACCGAUUUCCGCAUCUUCCGCGAUUACGGAGGAGUUCCUGGCCUGGACAUGGCCAGUGUGAUGAAUGGAUAUGUGUACCACACCGAGUUCGAUAACUUCAAAAACGUGGAGUACGGCACAUACCAAUCGACCGGCGAGAACGUACUGCCCCUGAUUUGGGCUCUGGCCAAUGCUCCAGAAUUGGAUAACACCACUGCGUAUGAGAAGGGACACACCGUGUACUAUGACUUCUUGGGCUGGUUCAUGAUGACCUAUACGGAAUCGGUGAGCAUAGCCAUCAAUGUGGUGGUUUCCGUGGCGGCCUUUGUUUGCAUUGGCACCUCGGUGUACAUCAUGACAUUGGACAAUGGUGCAGAUGCUCCGAAAGCGGUGGUAAUGAGAUUCGCCAUCAUCUUCCUGGUUCAAGCUGGAACUCUGUUCGUGGCCUGCGGCCUAACUCUCUUGGUGGCCGUUUUUAUGCAAGGUGUGGGUCUAGCCGAAUCCUGGUACUACGGAAAAUGGAUGGCCUUUGGGCUGUACUUCUGCACCUUGUUUUUCGCCUUUGGCAUACUUCCGGCCACUUAUAUUGGUUUCACGAAGAGGAAAACGAACAUGAAGUUGGAUCAAACCAUCGCCUGCUUCAUGCACGCCCAGUGCAUCCUGCUGGCGCUGCUCUGCAUCAUCAUGACCAUCAUGGGCAUUCGCUCCAGCUACUUCCCCAUGGUGGGCAUCUUCUUCUACGCGAUUUCCGUCCUGGUGCAAAUAGUACUGAAGCUCACCCUGAAGAAGAGCUACUUCGUCACAGUUCAUCUGUUGUUCCAACUGCUGCCCUUCUUCUUCUACACCUACAUCUGCUAUGCCACCCUUGUCACCUUUGUUCCCAUGGAGGGUCGCGAUGGACCCGAAAGUAGUCCCGAUAUAAUGAUAUCUGUCUUUAUCAUUGCAACCGCAAUAAACUACGCUGGUUUUGUUAUUCCCAUUAUGCACAAGUUCCGAAAGCCCAAGAUUGUAUUCUCAUCGUUUGGUGUGAUCACUAUUAUUUUCAUCAUCUUGGCCUGCACAUCCGCCGGUUUUCCUUUUGUGAAACAAUUGGCUCCUCAGCGUUACUAUGUGCUGCAUACUCAACGAACAUUCCACAAUUUGGAUGGUACAAGAAAGCAGGACUCAGGUUAUUAUAUUCAACCAGUGGAUACACGACUCCAUGAACUGGAUGACACAACUUUCAAGAAUGCCGAGCCGGAAAGCUGGACCGCAGCCACCUGUGCCGCAGAACCGUACUGUGGACUACCAUUGUACAGUGGUCGCUGGAUAGAGUGGAAAGACUCUGCUCGUUGGAUCUACAGCUCGCCACCCGUGAUUCCAAUGAACAUAAACCUCACCCAGCUGUCUAAACAAUCCCUGGAUGGCAACAAGGUACGAUAUGAGUACAACCUGAGGGCCAGUGAUCGCGUUAUGAUGUACAUAGAUCCGCUCGACAAUGUCAAGGUGACAGACUGGUCCUUUGACCAUACACCUUUGCUGGAGAAGCACACACCUCCCUACCUGAUCUAUGCCAUAUACUCCCAAACCGAGGAGCCACUCAACUUUUGGGUGGAGCUCGAGCACGAGGAGGGCAACACAGACGGACCCUACAUGAAGCUGGUUGUCUCCGAGCACUUCCAAUACCAUCCAGAGCACUACACCGAGGAAUACAAGGAGUUCCUCGCAACCUUUCCCGAUUGGACCUAUACCACCGAUUGGUUCUCGGCCCUCGAGAGCUGGAUUGUAUAGGCGGCGAUGAGAAUAUAGACUCCAAAGUUGGCGUAUCUUAAUAAAUAAUUUAUAGUAUAUAUUAAUAAAAUUACAAAGUAGUAA